AUGAACUUCUUCAUGUCAAUUCACAGCUGGGCGAUCUUGCCCAUCGCUCUACCUGUGGUGUGCUUGGCCAUUCGGGGGCUGCAGCCUGUGAUCAAGAGUGACCAUGUGGUGUCAGUGUAUGUUAUCAACCUGCUCAUCUCUGAUGUGCUUCAGAUGUGUGGCAGACCAAUCUACCUCAGCAUGACGCCUUCUGGUGUCGUUUAUGAGCUGGUUGCUUUCCUCUAUAUGUCUGGACUGCAUGCAAGCAUCUUCUUCAUGUUGUGCAUUGCUGGGGAGAGAUACGCCAUGAUCGUCCAUCCCCUGUGGUACAGGUUUUACCGGACUAUCAAAAAGUCAAUUCUCUGCUCUAUGACUGUGUGGAUGGUCACUUUUAUUUCAUUCGGUAUGAUUGUGUUAGGAACUGUGAACAAUAUCAUUGGGGUGGACACAGUGCUUGUUAUCUGGUGUGUUCUGUGCCUUCUUCCCUAUCCAUUCGUCAUAUUCUUCAUUGUGGAGACCUGGAGGGCUCUCUCCAAGUCCAUUUCCAUCUCUCCACGUGAACAGAGGAGGAUCAUGGGAAUGCUGGCCCUCGUCCUGAUCAUCUACACUGCUUUCUUCUUGCCACACAUAAUAACUAUCUUCACCGGCGGUGAUCCUAUUGACCGCGACCAGCACAAUUCGUCACCCCUUGUGUCCGACCGCGCGCCUCGGCGUCUCGAGUCCCCCCGCGUCUCUCGCUGA